AUGAAAGGCAGGGAAUGGCAGGCAGCACUGUCGCUGUUCGGCCACAUGCCCGUCAUCAGAGUUGCCACAGAUGUCAUCAGCUUCAAUGCGACUAUAUCUGCGUACGAUAAGGAAGGACAGUGGAGAUCAGCCCUGCGUUUAUUCUCAGACAUGCAAAGGACCAGCUCGGCGGCAGAUGUGAUCAGCUUUAACGCAACCAUGAGUGCGUGCGCCAGACCUGGCCUUUGGCAGCUUGCGCAUCAUCUGCUGUCAGAGAUGCCACGGGUCCGGCUUGCAGCAACAGUGGUGAGCUUCAGCACAGUGGUCAGUGCGUGUGAGUCAAGCGGGCAGUGGCAGAUGACUCUGGACUUGAUCUCAGACAUGCAAACAGCUGCGAUCCUCUGCAAUGUGAUCACUCUGAACUCAGCGAUUAGUACUUGCGAGAAGGCUGGACAAUGGCAGGUGGCACUUGAUCUUUUGCAUUCAUCUAGCCUGAAGAUUUCCGCAAACGUGAUUACAUUUAAUGCAGCCAUGAGCGCAUGCCAAAAAGGGGGACAGUGGCAGCUGGUAUUGGAGCUUCUCACCGCGAUGUCAAGAGGAGGUCUGUCUGCAGACGUGAUUACUUUCAGUGCUGCCAUCAGUGCAUGUGAACCUUAUGGCUUGUGGGAGCAAGUUCUGCGACUCCACGCUGAGAUGGCCAGAAGUCAAGUGGUGCCAAACCGGAUCACUUACAGUGCUAGCAUCAGCGCCUGCCGGGCAGGGAACUGGCAACUGGCUCUUGGCUUCUUCGCGACGAUGCAAGCGCGAGGGUUGGAAGCGGACGUUAUCAGCUUCAAUGCUGCGAUUAGUGCCUGCGAGGAGGCUGCACAGUGGCAGCUGGCUCAUCACCUGCUUUCGGAAAUGCAGACAGCCAGGGUGGCCGUGAACGUGAGAAGUUUCAACACGACCAUAAGUGCCUGCGAAAAGGCAGGGAACUGGGAGCUCGCCCUUGAACUCCUCUCAGAGAUGAGGGAUUUCAGAGAUUUGAGAGUAACAGCUGAUGAGAUCAGCUUCAAUGCGACGAUCACCGCCGUAGCCAAGCAUGGGCCCUGGGCGCUGGCUUUGCAGCUGUUUAGUUCAAUGCCAUCUGCCCGACUUGUGCCGGAUAUCAUCAGCUUCAACGCAACAAUCAGUGCCUGCGAGAAGAACGGAUUCUGGCAAUUGGCUUUGAUGAUCCUGUCAGGCUUGGCAACUGCCGAACUGCAGCCUACCGUGACCUCAUACGGUUCAGCCAUCAGUGCCUGUGAAAAGAGCAGCGACUGGCAGGCUGCCCUCGAAAUUCUCCGAACGAUUUUUCAUCACCGCCUCGCCAAUGGGAUCACCUGCAAUUCAGCGCUGUCUGCGCUGGCGAGAGGCUCGCAGUGGCUUCGAGCAGGCGCUCUGCUUUCCAAGAUGCGGGACAGGGCAAUCCCUGCAGACGCGGUGAGCUACAGCGCAGGCAUCAGCGCGUGCGAGCAGGGCGACGUAUCGGCCCAGCCUGCCUUUGGUUAG